AUGACGCUGAUGCACGCCGCCUGCGUCACGCUGAGCGCUCGCCGAGCGCACGCCAACACAAACGCAGGCAGCGCCUCCCCGUCUCCCCCGAACUGUGUCUCCCACGUGCCACCGGCAGGAUUACUCUGUGUGACAGAAGACAGCAUCCGGAUCAGUGCUGAGAGUAAUAACAGCCACAUGUUUCAGAUCCUCCACACACACACACAUAUCCACACACACCCCGAAAGUCCUCCUGCUGUCAACAGGAAGUCCACCUGUCUUCAAAGGACACAUAGGAGUCUUCUGCCCCGCUCCUCCAAAAUGGCCGACACAGAGGUCUCCUUGUCCCCCGCUCUGCAGCCGCUCCACCUUAGCCCGGCUCACUCCUCCCAGCCGCCUCUACCAGCCUCGUCCUCCUCCCCGACCACCUUCUCCUGCCCCGAGCAGCCGUCCUCCCCCAGCGCCAGCCCCCGCAGCUCCAGCCCCAGCGGGAGCAUCGGCAGCACCGGCAGCCUGGGCAGCAGCAGCGCCAGCGAGGGCAUCGGCAGCAGCGGCAUGUCCAGCAGCGGCGAGCCGCGGGGGCCGAGCCCCCUGCUGGACGUCAUCUCAGAGGACGCCAUGGAGAUGGACCUGGUGGUCGAUCAAGUGAUCGAUCCAGAGGUGGCGCUGAAGGCUUGCCAGGAAGUGCUCCUCAAAGUGAAGCUGCUGGACAACAAACAGCAACAUGACGACCACCAGCAGCAAGAGCAGAGCCAGGCGGAGCGCGGCGGCUCGCAGUGGCACAUCGGCCCCGACCCCGGCUCCAUCAAAGAGGAGGACGAGAACGAGGAGGACGGGCGUAAAGACGCCGCCACGUCGCAGCCUGCCCCCCCUCCCUCGGCUCCGCCUGACGCCUCUUCACCGUCGUCGUCUUCCAAACAGUCGUGGCUCUUGCGCCUGUUUGAGUCCAAGCUGUUCGACGUUUCCAUGGCGAUCUCUUACCUGUACAAAUCGAAGGAGCCGGGGGUGCAGGCGUACAUCGGGAAUCGCCUCUUCAGCUUCCCCGACGGCGAGGUGGACUUCUACCUGCCGCAGCUCCUGAACAUGUACGUGCACAUGGACACUGAGGUGGGAGACGCCAUCAGACCCUACCUGGUCCAUCGCUGCCGGGGCAGCAUCACCUUCUCCCUGCUGUCCGCCUGGCUGCUGGGCGCCUACUCCUCCGACAUGCACAUCUCCACCCAGCGGCACUCCAGAGGGACCAAGCUCCGCAAGGUCAUCCUGUCUGACGAGCUCAAGCCGUCUGCCCCUCCAUCGGACGGGCCUCGAUCCGCGUCCGUGUCCGACAGCCCGCUGUCCUCGCCGUCCAGCCGCCGCGGCCACCGCAGGCACCACAGCAGCAACACGGAGGCGUGCAUUUCCCCCGCCCCUGUCGUCGGCCCCGCCCCCAACAGCCCCGAAAAGAGCGAGGUGUUUGUGUCCCCGUCCCGGAGGACCCACCAGAGAUCAAAGUCAGAUGCCACCACAGCCACCAGCGGGCCGGGCGCCAGCCUCCGGCGGACUGGUAGUAACCCGAAGGUGGAGGCAGUCCACGAGGAGCCAGAGCGUCUUCGUCCCCAGAGGGAGUUCGUCAAGUCUCUGUUUGGCAUCGGGAAGCGUUUGGCCACGCUUCCUACCAAAGAACAGAAGACCCAGCGGCUGAUCUCUGAGCUGUCGCUGCUCAAUCACAAGCUGCCAGCCAGAGUUUGGCUGCCCACAGCCGAGCACCAGCACCACGUCUGCAGGGUGCCCCACACCCAGGCUGUGGUCCUCAACUCCAAGGACAAGGCUCCCUACAUCAUCUACGUGGAGGUCCUGGAGUGCAACAGCUUCGAGACGUCUCCCGUUCCCAUCCGGAUCCCGGAGACGAGGAUCCGCUCGGCUCGCUCGGCAGAGAACCUGGACUGCGGCACUGCCGCCAACGCCAACGUCAUGACGUCAGAGCACCGGGCGGGCAGCUUCUCCACCGUCCCAAACUACGACAACGACGACGAGGCCUGGGCCACCGACGACAUCGGGCAGCUUCAGGUGGAGGCGGAGACUCAGACCAGCAGCUGUGACAACAUCAGUCAGUUCUCAGUGGACAGCAUCACCAGCCUGGAAAGCAAAGAGCCGGUGUUCAUCGCUGCGGGGGACAUCAGACGGCGUCUGUCAGAAAACCUCGCUCACCCGCCAACAUCGUUCAGGAGGGAUCCCGAGGACCCGUCAGCCGUCGCCCUCAAAGAACCCUGGGAGGAGAAAGUCAGGCGGAUCAGAGAGGCCUCUCCGUACGGCCACCUGCCCAACUGGAGGCUGCUUUCAGUCAUUGUGAAGUGUGGAGAUGACUUAAGGCAGGAGCUGCUGGCCUACCAGGUCCUCAAACAGCUGCAGUCCAUCUGGCAGCAGGAGAGAGUUCCUCUGUGGAUUAAACCUUAUAAGAUCCUGGUGAUGUCAUCAGACAGCGGCAUGAUCGAGCCCGUCCUCAACGCUGUCUCUUUGCAUCAGGUCAGAAAGCAGAGCCAGCUGUCGCUGCUGGACUACUUCCUGCAGGAACACGGCAGCUUCACCACCGAGGCCUUCCUGACCGCUCAGAGGAACUUUGUCCAGAGCUGCGCUGGAUACAGCCUCAUCUGCUACCUGCUGCAGGUCAAAGACAGACACAACGGAAACAUCCUGCUGGACUCUGAAGGCCACAUCAUCCACAUCGACUUCGGCUUCAUCCUCUCCAGCUCGCCUCGGAACCUUGGCUUCGAGACAUCGGCCUUCAAGCUGACGUCAGAGUUCGUCGACGUGAUGGGCGGCCUGGACGGAGACAUGUUCAUCUACUAUAAGAUGCUGAUGCUUCAGGGUCUGAUUGCAGCCAGAAAGCACAUGGAGAAGGUCCUGCAGAUAGUCGAGAUCAUGCAGCAAGGCUCCCACCUGCCCUGUUUCCACGGCUCCAGCACCAUCCGAGGCCUGAAGGAGCGUUUCCACAUGUCCCUGACGGAGGAGCAGCUGCAGCUGCUGGUGGAGCAGCUGGUGGACGGGUCCAUGCGCUCCAUCACAACAAAGCUGUACGACUCCUUCCAGUACGUCACCAACGGCAUCAUGUGAGCGGAGCCGGAGCGCGUGAGCGGCGGCGGCGGUGGUGCCACUCAGGCCCAGGCCACAGGUCAAAGUGGCGGCUUUGCGUUCGUAUCUCCUUCCUUCUGGUGAGUCGGGAGGUGAAGGUGGUGCCGACGGGCUUAACUGGAUCUGACGGUUUGCGAUUCUUCAGGAAUCAGUUGGGGGUUUUUUUGUUUGUUUGUUUGAGAUCCUGGAAAGCACAGAAUCUGCUGCUUUUCCAGGUCAGAAGAACACCAACCGUGCUUGACGCAUCGCAGAAUUUGCUGUGCUGCUGCUUCUGAUGGCUUGAAAUGAGACCUGACUGGACUUCCACUGGACUCGAAUCGGAACCAGCUCCCGAGCUGCUGAUUUUUGGGGAAUCCUUUGGUUUCCAAAUCAGUUUAGAUCCUUAAGCUGCGACUGAAAGGACUCAGUGGACAGAGAAAAACCAUUUCACUUCAUCGCUUAAGGAUUAAUUAAGUCAUUCAUCGAGUGAACUCCCAAAAUCUGCACAUUGCAAUGUUACAAAACUGAGCCAUCGCUUUCUGUGGUUGCAUGAUCAGUGAACUACUAACCAAGGGCAGCAGAGCCUCCUUUGUUGGGUUUCAUUGGCCGUUUGAGAUGCCAUGUGGGUCCACCAAUAACAUCAACUGAUUAUUUUCAUGGAAAGGAGAAAAAUGAUUUGGAUAAAAUUUACCCCAUGGCCUCAAAUGUAAAGACAUUUAAAAGGAGAAAAAAAUAAAAUAAUAAAGAGAUUAAAAAACUCAAAGAGCACAGAUAAAAAGCAAAAAAAUAAAUAGAUUGUGCAAUCUUUGCUUUAAUUUCUCUUUAAAUGCAGUAAAUGUCUGCAAACCACCACUUUUUAUCAUCUCAUUGCUCUGAGACAUAGCCCUCAUCUCAUUUAAUGAUCUUGCCUGAUAAAAAUCCUGGUCUUAAAUGAGUCUUCAAUGUUUACUCUGAAUUAGUCGAUUUUUUUCAGAAUGUGACGACUGACUGCAAAGUAGUUAUGAGACGUCAUUUAAGGAAAACAAACAACAACAACAACAAAAAAAAACUCAUUCUGAGACGAAAUCCUUGAAGGAUCGUGUGGAUCGUCAUCCCUCCUCAGGUCAGGAGGGCCAGCGGCUGUGAGGUCCAGCCCCAGAGGGCAGCCGGUCACCUGCCGGCCGCUCCUCCUGCCGGCCGAGGGAAGCGAUCCGUCUCUGUGGUUGUUCUUAAAGAACAGAAACGCUAAACGUAAAAAAGCACAACCUUAACAUGGGUAUCUUUCUCCGGAUCUGGUCUCUAGAAAGCAGAGAAACUGGUAAAUGGAGGAAGGAUGGAUUUAAAUAUCUUUUUAAAGUUUGAAAUGAUGUCUUAGUGUGAUAAAUGUCAGUUAGGUUCACCAGAUGCUUAAGGCUGCUGCAAAGUGAACAGGUCAUUGUAAUGACUCUAAUCUAAAUUAGAACAUGGGGGGGCAAACCUUGGGGAUUUUUUUUUAUUUCUUCUUUAUGGAAAAAAAUAUCUAUUUUGUAAUGCUUGCUCAAAUGAUUCCUUUCCUUGCGGCGGCAUGUUGAUGUCCAGUCAUCGGCAGCAGACUGAAGUACUGUGUGGGCUAAGUCCCCGUUUUGAUGGAUAAUUUGCCCUUUUUGAGUAAAAUACACAGUCCACGCUAACCUGUGAUGAACUAGUUUCCUUAGUUCUCUUGGUGGUAACAUCAGCUUUCAGAAGGCCGAGAUGCUGAAUUUAAAGCUUCGAAACCACUUCUCAAAGCAACAAGUUCCUCAUUUUGUCAAAUGAAUUUGUUUUGUUUAAAUGUUGAAACAUUUCAGCAGCUGAUGAAUAUUUUCCAAUGUGCUGCAGACUCACUCUCCAAAACUGAGAUGUUUUCUGUUGGAGUGAACUAAUUAUUCAUGCUUGUUACAGCAUUUUAGGUCCAAUUUGAAUUUCAGAGGUACAUUAUGCAUGUUUCAUUUUUGGGUUCUGCCUGUGGACACUCUAAAAAUGGUAAUGUUGAAAUAAGUCACCAGUCCUGACGUCAACAACAUGGAAGCUAACUGGUUGUGCUCACAUCGCUGGUCACAGUUACAAGUAAUCUUUGCAUAUUUGAUUAACCCUGUGCAUUCUUUCUUCUGACUGGCUUAAAGACACCGUUCUCUGAUGCCCUCCACCAAUAGGAGCGGGGGCUCUGUGGCCUGGCUAAGUGAGACAUCUGGACUUGGAAAAAUGUAUUUCUUGCAUUUCAGUUUACAGAAUAUGGGGAUUUGUUUUCUGUUUUUUCACAACUUUCCACUAUGGCAUUGUGAUGUUAUUCUAGUUAGUCCCUAAACCAAUCGUCAUUGGUCUAACAUUGCAAUACUUUGAACUGACUCUACUCUCCAGUCGCACAGACAUGUAUGAACACAUUGUUUGUACUUGCAUAUUUUUUUUUAACCAAAUGAGGUCAAGUAUCAUGUACUUUGAAUAUCUCUUUACUUACACCACUCUGAAGAUUUUAAGGUCUUAGUUGAAUUGCUAGAGAGCAUAUUUUCUUGCUAAUUUAGCAAACCGAUCUUUGAGGUCCAUAAAUUGUUGUUCUUCAGGUGUAAAGACAUGAUCAUUAGCUAGUCUUUGCUAUCUUACAGCAAGUUUUUACACUUCAUAUCAGAACAACAAUAAUUGCUGAGAGUAGCUUGUUACAGCUAAUUAACAAGAAACUACAAAGCUUGAACAAACUAACCCUGUGCUGUCUGUCACAAUGAAUUUAGCAUUUACAGCUCAGCUGUGCAUAGUUAUUUGGAUAAAUGUUUUUAAAGAAGAGAAUUACUGAAGUCUGUGACAUUUCUCGCUUGUCUACUUGCUAGCUGCCUAAUCCCAUGACCUGUUAGAUGAGUUGCUAUCAUGCUAAC